AUGUUGAAUGGAAAGGUACUUCAAACAGCAUCGGUUGGUGAUAUCACAGUUCCCAAGCUUGCAGAGCAGCAGAAGGGACCACCAAUUCCCGUAGCCGAAACAGAAAUCCAAGCUUUGCCUGCAAUGGGCACUGGAGAUGUCAUAAACGGCUUGGAAGAUGCCGGUGCUGUUGUUUUUUUGUUUCCGCCUAAGUUUCAGCUCAAAUGGUCUAUACCAAGGCUAUGGCGAGCACUCAAACUUUUCAUACUCAACAAUCUCAAGCCGGCGUAUGAUACUGGCUGCAAGGAAUCGCGAGUCAAUCAGCUUCUCACAGCAAACAAAAAAUGCUUCAAGAUUCUACAGACUCAAUAUUCGCGGGAAAAGCUAUGGUACCUCGAGGUUAUAGCUGUACAUCCAUCUUUGCAAUCUCGUGGAAUUGGUGGUAAAGUGAUGUGUUGGAUCUUGGAACACAUUCAAGAUCAACCAAUUUACCUGGAAUGUACACGUCGUGAGAAUAUUGGAUUCUACGAGAGCUUCGGAUUCGAGGUUGUGGAUGAGGUGGAGCUCGUGGACGAUGAACAGAAACUGAGUUAUUGGGUGAUGGUUCGACCUGGAAAAAGGGAUAUUUAG